AUGUCGGCCUCCCAUGCCGGCAGGAGGAGGCACCACAGCGUGCGCUUCACCCUCAGAGAAGUAGAUGGAAAAGUACUGGCUUUUUCUCGCCUGGACUUUUCCAGACACUUGGUGCAGAAGGCCCUCGGCUUCAAACCCGAGGAUCUUAAUUGCAUCCUGUCUCUGCCCUUCAACAAAGGGUUUGAUGUAAGCUUCAGACACUGCACGGUGAAGGGCCAGGCUAUCAAGGUCAGAGAUGUGGAUGGCAUUUGGACAGGCAGCUGGAGGGUCCCCAUCCAACAAUGGCUGGACCCCCAGGGCUACCAAGGCCUGAAGCACCUGCCUAGUGUGAUAGUUCUGGGAGACAACCGUGGCUACAUACACUACCAAGGACAACCCAAGCUCUGCCGGCGUUGUGGGGAGCACGGGCACUUAGUGGAAGCAUGCACUCAAGUGGUCUGCGGUAAGUGUAGAGAAAUUGGGCACACUUUUGACCAGUGUACCAAUGGCAGAAAGUGCAAUCUCUGUGGUGACCUGGGUCACCUCUUCAGAGAUUGCCCAAAAUCUUUUGCCAACAAAUUGAAGGCCGGGAACAGAAAGAUGGAAACUGAAUGUGGACAGGAUGGUGGACAAGAUGGCGGACCAACUGAAGAGUUGAUUGGAGAGGUGGGGCUGGGAAAUUCAAAUCUCCCGCCAAAACCCCCUACUGGAGGAGAAGAGAGGGGUGAGGCGGGAGAGGGGGAGGGGCCUGCGGAGGCCCCUCCCACACAAAAGGAGGGGGAGCUGGGGCCUGCGGAGGCCACUCCCACAGAGAGGCUGGUGGAGGAGCAGAGGCCCGAGGCUCCUCCUACAAACACCAUGGUGCAGAGGGAGCAGGAGGCCCCUCUCGCACAGAAAGAGGUGGAGGAGCAGAGGCCUGAAGCUCCUCCCACCCACACCAUGGAACCCAACAACCCCAAGAGGCCUUUGUCAGAGUCGUCCUCUGGAAAUGAAGAUUUCCCAGAGAAGAGGGGGAGAGCUGGGUCUCCUUCAGACAGUGACUUUGUGGAGGAGCCCAGAGUCUUUCCCUCCGACUCGCCCAACGAGGUCUCUUUCCUCUCCGGAGCCAGACACUCGACUCCGAAGCUCCCCCUAGAGGAGGAGCGUAGGAGGGAUCAGGCUACAUCCCCUCCCUCACCCAUUGAUGAGGAGUCGGAGCCAGAUCCACAGAGGAUAAACAUGACCUGGUUUUAA